AUGUCGGUCGCGACUGAUCUUGACAUUGUCGAAACGCCAUGUCACCGACGAUACUUCCACGUUGGCGGCGUCUACGAAGAGGACAAAGGCACGAGCUACGGGGGACAGAUCAUGCGAGGCCAGACGUACGUCGAAUGUUUAACGCCCCUGGGCGGCGCCAAGCGAGAGUAUCCUCUGGUCUUCGUCCACGGUGGCGCCCAAAGUGGUCUGAACUGGCUGCACACACCCGACGGUCGAAAAGGGUGGGCUUCUUACUUCCUCGACCACGGGUACACGGUGUACCUGCUCGACACGGCGUCGAGGGGUCGAUCCGCGCCGUCUCUUGACCAGAAGCACACCCAGUACCCGACGGGGUUCGUGGAGGACCAGUUCACCGCGACGAAGGUGGCGGCAAAGUGGCCCCAGGCACGGCUGCACACACAAUGGCCUGGUACAGGACAACGUGGCGACCCGGUGUUCGACCAAUUCUAUGCCUCGACCCUGCCGAGCAUGACCGACCUGGUGACGUCCCAGCAGGGGCAAAAGGCCGGCAUCGUCGCGCUGCUCGACCGCAUCGGCCGGCCCAGUAUCCUCGUCACGCACUCGCAGGGCGGUCCGGGCGGGUGGCUCGCCGCGGACGCGCGGCCGUCGCUGGUCAAGGCCAUCGUCGCCGUCGAGCCGAACGGGCCGCCCUUCUCGGGCACGCAUCCGUCGAACGGCGCCCGGGCACGGAUGUGGGGUCUGGCCGACAUCCCGCUGGAAUUUGCGCCGCCGGUCACAGAUCCCUCGGAAUUACACCUCGUCACCCACCCCUCGACCCAGAACGAUCGGUCCCCGGUGAUCCUACAGGAUGAGGGCGAAGGGCGCGUGGGCCACAAGCUGAAGAAUCUCCAGGACAUCCCCGUGCUGGUGGAGGUGGGCGAGGCCAGCUACCACGCCGAAUUCGACCACGCGACGGUGGCGUUUCUGCGCCAGGCGGGCGUGGCGUGUGACUUCAUCCGACUCGAGGAGCUCGGCAUCAAAGGCAACGGACACAUGCAGAUGCUGGAGUUGAACAACCUGGCCAUUGCACAAGUGUUGCAAAAGUGGAUAGAAGACAAGGUCUCCCACGACGUGGGCCAGACUUCCCUAUAG